AUGGACCGUAUAACUAUUAAAGAUGGUCAAUUUUACGACUCUAGAGGUAGAGUUAUUCAAUUGAGAGGUGUUAACUUUGAUCCUAGUGUUAAGACGCCUUACGGAAUCAGGUCUGCUGAUAGGAUUGACUUUGAGACUGUGGAUGACGUAAGCUUUGUAGGCCAUCCUGUGCCUCUUCCUGAGGUUGAAGAUCACAUUAACAGGCUCAAAUCUCUGGGUUUUAACAUGAUAAGGUUCCCCAUUACUUGGGAGUCAUUAGAACACAAAGGUCCUAGAGAGUACGAUUACCAGUACAUGGAUUACUUGAUAAACGUCUUAUCAAAAAUCGAAGAGAUUGGCGGAAUCUAUGUUUAUCUCGAUCCGCAUCAAGAUGUUUGGAGUAGGGCUAGUGGCGGUUCAGGUGCGCCGAUUUGGACGUUGUACAGUGCUGGAUUCAAUCCUUCAAGGUUUUACGAAACACAUGCUGCAAUCUUACACUCUGAUUAUGUCAAUCAGCAUAGCAAAGAAGAGUUUGUUGAAAACCCAUACCCUAAAAUGUUAUGGACUACAAACUACUACAAAUUAGCAUGUCAAACUAUGUUUACUUUAUUUUUUGCCGGCAAUAUAUUUGCUCCAAAAUGUGAAAUCAAUGGACAGAACUUACAAUCGUACUUACAGGACCAUUUUAUCGAUGCCUUCAUUGAACUUUACGAGCGUAUUAUUGAAAAAGCUCCGCAUCUCAUACAGAAUAACUGUGUGAUAGGUAUCGAAACGAUUAAUGAACCAAAUGAAGGUUUAAUUGGAACACCUGAUAUUGGCGAAGUUCCCGAAUCAAGACUUUUAAGAUUGGGUGGCACACCUUCUGCCUUUCAAAGUUUUAUCCUUGGCGAAGGGUACGAGACAGAAGUAGAUAUGUAUAAGAUAACAUCAUUUGGCCCUAAAAAAUAUGGAAAGAGAGUACUAAAUCAAAAACAUGAAAAUUGCUGGUUAACGGGUGAAGAAAGAGAUAGGAUAGAUAAACUAUAUGGCUGGCACAGAAAUGAUGAAUGGAAGGCACAUACAUGCAUAUGGAGAUUGCACGAGGUUUGGGAAAUAGAUCAUGAGUCAGGUAAUCCAAAGAUAUUAAAGCCUAAAUAUUUUUGUGAGCAAGAUGAUAUCCCCAAAACCAUUGAUGAUAGAUAUUUUAUCGAGGUGUUCUUCAGAGAUUAUUAUAUUAACUUUUUCAAAAAAAUUAGAAAACUGUCUCAGGAAUUGAUAGUCAUACUUCAAGCUCCGGUAUUCAGAAUGCCGCCAAGUAUUAAGGGAACUAAUUUAGUUGAUGACAGAGUAGCAUGCGCGGGCCACUUUUAUGAUGGCUAUACAAUAAUGUUUAAAAAAUGGUCUGGCUUAUUCACCAUAGAUACUUAUGGUAUGGUCUGCAAAAAAUAUUCUAAUCCAGUCUCUUCUUUGGCUUUAGGCACUAAUAAUGUUAAGAAUUGUAUCAAACAACAAUUAUAUGAAAUGCAAAUAGAUGCUCAAAAGAAUUUAGGAUUAAUUCCAAUGAUAUUUACCGAAAUUGGUGCUCCCUAUGAUCUAGAUGACAAGAAAGCGUAUUCAACAGGUGAUUAUACCUCACAAAUAAGUGCAAUAGAUGCUAUAGGACACGCUUUAGAAGGAAACAAUUUUUCUUUCAGCAUGUGGUGCUACAACCAUGAAAAUAACACUAAAUGGGGAGAUAAUUGGAAUAAUGAAGACUUUUCAGUUUGGUCCAAUGAAAAACAUAAAAAAGACAAUAUUGAGGUUAAAAUGCUUUCUGGAAAUAUGCCCAAUAGCGUAAAAUUAAUGAAGGAGACAGAAGCAAUCAGAUUCGGAUUACCCGUUGAUAAACUUGAUCUUUGUGGAUUCAGAGCGUUAGAUUCACUUUCAAGACCUUUCCCAAUUUCUAUUGAUGGUGAAUUUUUGACCGCUGAAUUCAACCAUAAGAAAAAGACAUACCAUCUCGAGAUUAAAACAAAGAACAUUAAUAAUGAAACAAAGAUUUAUGUUCCUAGAUAUCACUUCGAGCUGGAGUGCUGUGUGAUAUCAACAACUUCUGGGGAAAUUCAUUACGAUCCCGAUCAUCAAAUUAUUGCGUGGAAAUCCGCUUCAGUUGGCAAAAAUACCCUACGCAUUUCGAAAAGAAAUAAAAGUGCGUGUGUUAUAUGCUAG